AUGGAGUCCUCUCUCGAGUCCACGAGAGAUUGUACACCGGUUUCAAUUAACAAGAACAUCCCGCUCCUUUGCACAGUUUGCCCAGAGGCACCCCGCUUCUCGGACGUAUCGCAUUUACUCACACACAUCGCCUCCAAGGGACAUCUGCACCAUGAGACACAAACCAAACUCAAGUCCCACCAGGAUAUCGCGGCAUCUAUGACCUUGCAGCAGUAUGAAAGUUGGUACAAAGCUAAUGGAAUCGAGGCGCUUCUUGUGGAGAGAAUGAAGGCAAAGCAGAAGAAAGAAGCAGCAAAGACCAGCCGCACUCGAGAUUCAACUCCAUCAGUGAUAUUGAAGUCUAGACGGAAGUCCAAGCGAGGCUCCAACAAGACGAAGGUGAAAGCUGAACAAGACGAUAUGACCCAAGAUUAUCCUCUCUUUCCUGGAUUUUUCCCCUCUGAAAUUGAUGCGGAGGUGGAUGAAGAGUUUGCCAGCGGUGACAUGCUGUCACUCAAGGGCCAAGUUUGGCCGGGCAUGGGCAAAAUGGACCUUGCAAAUGACGAUAUGAAACGAACUCGAAAUCAACGUAAACCCAAUUCGGUAAUUGAGAAGAUGAAACAUAUUUCCGAGGGAAUUGAACCUACCCAGGUUGUCAUGACGCCAGAUCUAGAGGUCGAGAGGGUUAAGGGGGUCUAUGGCAGUUCCUCACCUAUUCCUGGUCAGGAGGAAGAGUUCAAGACCCCUAAAAAGACGGUAAGACCUAAACGAAAGCGGUCACAAGCUCUCGCCGAAAUAUCAGUCAACGUGCCUCGCCGUGCUAGCAGACGGCCUGGCCGUCGAAAUGGUCAAUCCAAAGUCAAGGCGUCUCCAGAAGAAAGCAACGGUGACAGUAUCUUGCCGAUUGCUGCAAACACGACCUCGCUUAGACAUGGAAACGAUGUCUUCCGCGACAACGAUGAUGAUGGAUGUUCAGGACUCUACGGUGAUCGCAUGUUCACAACCCCGUCACGCCAGGACCAAAGACCUGACAUACGCAAUCGAAUCGGCUUGUUUCCCCAUGACCGUGUGUCUCACUCGCCGCUCAUAUCCCCGACGCCUUCGUCAAGGGACGUAUCAUCUCGCCUAUUUCCAGCAAGAAAUAUACAGCGCCCGAGGAUACAAGGGAGUGUUUAUGAGAACUAUGGUGGACACACGAACUUUGUUUCAGUUGGCCAACCCGAAGCCACAUCUUUUACCAUGAACGACCCGUCGAUAUACAACUAUUCCUCCAGGCUGCCAUUUUUAUCUUGCAAUAACGUCGGUAGUUCGGGGAACUACAUGUUUCGCUUCAAUUCGAACAGUCUCCUUCAACCGAAACCGGAACGGCAUCAAAGCCCUGGACAUGGGGAGAUGGUUAAUGGGACCGGAAACCCCCAAUACCUGCAUAUCUCUGAAUCAAAUCCGCUUUUCGCUCAGGAUCGACCGGUUUUCGGCUCAUACAGUUCUACAGGGCCAUCUCAAACACUCUCUUCUUUCAGUUUACAACCAAUAAGUCGCAGCAGCGAUUACAAUCAAGCAGCAGCGAACAACCAAGAAGACCACGCCACCACGAGUUGCAGCAUCAAAAUGGAGAGCCAUUACAGCGAUAUGAUGGCCAACGUCGCAACCGGAGAGUGUAAGCAAACUAGCUUCACAGAAAAUGAAGUAUGGGCGAGUACCGAGACGUUGGACUUGUGA